CCGCCGCCUCCCGCCCUCUCCCCGCCGGCUGGGUGCUGAAGUUGGGCGGAUGGCAGCGGAGCAGCUGCGCUAGGGGACGAGCCGCAGCAGCCCUUCCCGGGAUCGCUCAGCGCCAACUGCACGCAGCCGGGCGGGGGUGGCCACUUGGGCGCUGAAGUAGCUGACAUGAGAAAGAGGCAGCAGUCACAAAAUGAAGGAACGUCAGCUGUGUCUCAAGCACCUGGAAACCAAAGGCCCAACAACACAUGUUGCUUUUGUUGGUGCUGUUGCUGCAGCUGUUCAUGCCUCACUGUUAGGAAUGAAGAUAGAGGAGACAAUGCAGGAAGGCCAACACAUACGACCAAAUUGGAGAGUAUCCAGGUCAUAGAAGAAUGCCAAAACCCUACUGCAGAUGAAAUUUUGUCUUGGGCUCAGAAUUUUGACAAGAUGAUGAAAACACCAGCUGGGAGGAACCUUUUCAGAGAGUUUCUUAGAACGGAGUAUAGUGAAGAGAACCUGCUUUUCUGGCUUGCAUGUGAAGAUCUAAAGAAGGAACAGAACAAGAAAGUUAUUGAAGAAAAAGCAAGACUUAUAUAUGAAGAUUACAUUUCUAUACUAUCACCAAAAGAGGUUAGUCUUGAUUCCCGUGUGAGAGAAGUGAUCAACAGAAACUUGUUGGAUCCCAGCCCUCACAUGUAUGAAGAUGCCCAGCUCCAGAUAUACACCUUGAUGCACAGAGACUCUUUUCCAAGGUUUUUGAACUCUCAGAUUUAUAAGUCUCUUGUUGAAAGUAUUACAGGCUCUACUUCUGAAACUUAGUUUUAAUUUUCAAACAAAAUAACUUGAUUUUUUUUUUGGGUGGGUGGGAUGGAAGAAAAUUAGUUUAAUAACAUCUGGAGCUGGGUUCCUGGAGAACUACAGUUUAGCACUACUCAGGCUACUGUGAAGAAAAAAAAUACAUAUUAUGGUCUCUGUCUACAUUUUUACCAAGGUCCUCCUUGCUCAAGAUGGUGUGGGAGGGGAUCAAUGGAUUUGCCAAAAUACAUUUGUUUCACACUCCUUUCACCCUACUGCAGUCAAGAUUGCAAUGAUGUAUUUGUAGUUUUAUGAACAAUCUCCUUGUGUAUCCUCACACUGCAUGUGCAAGGUAAAACUGCUUCACUUACCACUUAGUUGUUGCAAUAUUUAAUCCAAUAAUAUAAAUUAUAGCUGUAUUUAAAAACUUUUUUUUUGUGCAAUACAGUCCUAUGGUACAUAGAAACAAUUACAGCAAACCAGAAAGAGGCUUGCAUUUUUUAACAUCACUAACUAAAAAGCCAAUUUUUAAGGUGUAGCAUUACUCUACAUGCUCUACUGAGUACAAUACACUGACUUUUUGAAGCCAAUAUUUCUGUACAGAGAAAAAGAGCUAUUUAUCACUGUUUAUUUAAAAUAAAUCAAGCGGAGGAUUCCUCUGGUUGUUCACUGCCAAAACUGUGGCAUUUUCAUUACAGAGUUUGCAAUGUCAAAGAAAAAGAAAAAUAAAAGGAGAAAAAAAAAGCACAAAUCACUUAAAGAGAUCCAUUUCUGGGUGACACAAUCUAUGCGCUGAUAUUGUUUAAUUGUUAAAAGAACAAAGAUUUUCAAUGUACAUUUCAGAUGUCAGAUACUGUAAUUGAUUUAUUAAAGACUGGCUAUCCAGUUCUAACACUGUUGUAUAAUGUUAUGUACUUCAGAAAAAAAAAAGAAACAAGAA